CUGCUGUUGAAAAUUUCCUGUUCUUAUAUUACACAAAAACAAUGGCCUCACUCAUUCUGCAUCCCGACGAACUGUGGGCACUGUGCAAGUUCAAGUUUCUUGGCGGCCAGCAAGCCAUCAUGCCCAAGAACGACCUGUCCGCUCUGCCAGAAUCCAUGCAAAAGUGCUACCGUUUGCUGGAGGCAACAAGCCGAUCGUUUGCUGCCGUCAUCCAGGCGCUGGACGGCGAGCUGCGCCCGGCCAUCUGCAUUUUUUACCUGGUGUUGCGUGGACUGGACACGAUCGAGGACGACAUGACCCUUGCCAACGAGGUCAAAGUCCCGCUGUUGGUUGACUUCCACGAAAUCAUCUACAAGACCGGCUGGACGUUCAAUGGCAACGGGCCUGAUGAAGCCGACCGCCAUCUGCUGGUGGACUUUGACGUCGUCAUUGCAGAGUUCCUCAAGCUCCGCCCCGCGUACCAGGAGGUCAUUGCUGACAUUACAAAGCGCAUGGGUCUGGGCAUGAGCAAGUUCCUUGGCGCCCAAGUGCACACCAAGGAUGAUUAUAACGAGUACUGCCACUAUGUCGCUGGCCUCGUCGGCAUCGGCCUGUCCAAGAUUUUCGCUGCAUCUGGGCUCGAGUCGGAGGCGGUUGGCACGUCCGAGCACCUGUCCAACUCCAUGGGCCUCUUCCUGCAAAAGACAAACAUCAUCCGCGACUACUUGGAAGACAUUAUCGAUGGUCGCAUUUUCUGGCCGCGUGCCGUGUGGAUCAAGUAUGCCCCCAACGGCAAGCUCGACGAUUUCCGCGCGCCCGAGAACAAGGCGGCUGCCCUGGCGUGCUUGAACGACCUGGUCACCGACGCGCUUGCGCACAUCCCCGACGUGUUUGCCUACAUGUCCAGCCUCCGCAAUCAGUCUGUCUUUAAUUUUUGCGCCAUUCCCCAAGUCAUGGCCAUUGCCACUCUGGCGCUCGUCUAUGACAACCACCAAGUGUUUACUCGCACGGGCGUCAAGAUUCGCAAGGCUCUCGCCGUCAAGCUCAUGAUGGGUGCAACCAACAUGCCCAAUUUGUACGCAAUUUUCGGCGAGUUUUUGGCAAACCUAGAGUCGCGCGUGCGGACUGAGGAUCCUUCGUACGAGGCAACCGUCGCUGCAAUUGAGCGCGCAAAAGUUAUGCUUCGCGCAGGCUUGAUUGCAUGCCCUUCGCAACCAGAACCUUCUGCCUCGGCGAAAUAUUCCCAAGCCGCGUUCGCUCUUGGCCUUGUUGCAGCUGGCGUCUGGUGGGCUCGCCGCGGGACUGCGAUUGCUGUUUAA